GAGGCACACCUAGUUCCUCUUUUGCUGUCGAUGUGGAAAAACGGUUCAAUUGCUUCAGUGCGUAUCAAACUCUCGCUGGAUAUUGCCUCCAAAUCAGCAAUGAGGAAUCUCGUUUGGGUACUUUUGUUCGUUGCCGCUGCACGUGCGCAAUACAAAUUCUGCGCACCUAUCGACGUUGUAAACGAUAAUACAUGUCUCGCUCUGCAAAAAGGAGACAGCGAAGUGUCGUGUUUGCGCGUAGCAGACAGUGCCGAGUGCUCUAUUCGCUUAGCUGAAGGCGAGGCUCAUUUCGGUGUCUUUACUGCGGAAGAAUUGUUGUUAGCAUAUCAAUUCUAUCCAUUGAAAAUCCAACCGAUUCUUCAACUGAGGCACAAUGAUAAGCAACUAGAGGAAUAUGAAUUCCAAACGGUGGCAGUGAUCCGCGCAGAUUUAACGCAGGCAAGCUUACCCCCUGGCGAACGUCUCAAACGUUUGAGAAAUAGUGGCUUUUGCCAUCCUGGUUUCAGCAAAUCUCAGUGGUGGAAUGAUUAUAUUCUCAAAUUUUUCGAGAAUUCCGUGAAUCCCGUGCGAUGUCAAGAUGAUGUAACCGUUAUCGAGAACGAGGUCAGAAAUCUUAGAAAUUUCUUCGGAACAGCUUGUAGACCAGGCGACUGGGCUGCUGACAGCACCGUUGAUCAGGAACUCAAGAAAAAAUAUCCAGAACUGUGUGCUCUUUGUGACAACAAGGCAGAGUGCAAAUAUAAUACUAAGCAGCACCAUGGACAUAUCGGAGCUUUGCAAUGUCUAGAACGUGGUAAUGGUAAAGUGGCAUACGUAGCGCUUAACUACGUUCAGGAGUACUUCAAAAGGAAUGAGUCGUAUCAGUUUUUAUGUCCAAGUGGCACUGUUCUUCCUUUAUCCACCGAUAAUCCUUGCGCGUGGCUCAAACAACCGUGGAGUGUCAUCGCAUCUAGAAAAGAUAUCGCAGAUACGCUUAAACCUACAUUGUUGCAUGGACUGAAACAUCCGAACACGCCAGAAUGGAAAGCUUUAAGCAGUGUCAUACAAGUGGACAGCCAGGUUUACGAUAUAGUAGAGAAACCAUCUAUAUCUUCGUACUUGAGCAAGGGAAGAGACAUCGAUAUUGGAAACAUUCAAACUUGCGGCAAACGCAUUCGUUGGUGCACAAUUGGCGAUCUGGAGACCAACAAGUGCAAGUGGGUGGCAAAAGCAGCGAAGACUCUUGGUGUGGCACCGAGCAUCUCUUGCCUCAAGUCAACUUCCACGUUUCAAUGUUUACGCAAUAUAGAAGAAAAUCAUACAGAUAUAAUGGUCAUUGAUUCCAAUUACGGCUACCUGGCGCGAACAGUUUAUGGCCUGUCAACUAUUCUGUACAGCGAAACUGAAAUAGAGAAGAAUAGUAUAACACUCGCGGUGGUACGUGAGCCUAGAGACGAAAAUUACCCCAUAAAGAGCUUUCAGGAUAUAAGAGGCAAAAAGGCAUGCUUCCCCGAAUACGGCGGACUCAGCUGGUUGAGUUUUAUCUAUGCCGCUAGAAUAAACAACCUUAUUUCAUCUAAAUCCUGCGACUACCCAUCGUUGGUGUCCAAACUACUGUCCGGUGCUUGUACCCCCGGAAUCGAAGACUCCGACCACUCGCGCACCGCUGUCUCCCCGGAUAUAGCGUCCAAACUUUGCUCGAUUUGCAAGCAUCAAAAUGAUACAAACGUGCAAACCUGCGCGGUAAACGAAACCAAUCGCUAUUACAGUGACACAGGAGCCUUGCGAUGUAUCCUCGAAGGAACUGGUGACAUAUCAUUCAUCGAGAAGGCAAACGUUAUCAAUGAUGUCACCUUCGAUAUAAAUAUGUACCGUGUUUUGUGCAAAAAUGGAAGUUUGGCCCAGAACACAGGGUUUAAUGUUGACGAGAUCUGUGCACUAUCAGUGACAAUCGACAGCGAGGUCAUUGGCCGUAAGAAGGAUGCCAUGCAAAUCUCUAGGACCGAUACUACCCUGGCCUUAUUAAAGUUGGAAGAUUGGCUGGGAUAUCGCGUAAACGCUCGCAGGCCAAUUCACAUUUACGGACCAUUCAACGACACGAGAGAUCUCCUCUUCAAAGAUUCCUCGUCGGGCUUGGUUUCCACAUCGUCGAUGAAGAAGACGGUGCUUGCCUACAAAGAACUGUUCAGUCACGUCGAGUCGUGCACGGAUGGUUCUUUCGCGAUCACCGCUAAUUUCAUUUUUGUAGCCCUAGUCGCACUUUAUCACCUUCUUUCCAGUCACGUACGCUAAUUUCCUCUCCGCGUGGUUAAUUCCAACAUUCACAAUAUUUACGUAAUGCACGAUUGUCAUAUGUACUUUUAAAUGUAAUCUCUAAGCGUUGACUAACUUUUAUACCUUCUUUUUCACAGAAUAAAAGCACCACCUUCAUUUCUUUAUUUUGGAGAUUAGAAUAAAACAACUAUUAUUACUUUUUUAUUCACUGAA